UUUCCUUUUAUUUCAUUUCCAAUUUCCAACGACUCUGUUCCCCUGCCACUUGUUCUUAUAUCAAGUUCAAAUCAUGUCAUCAGCUGUGGUUGCAGGUACCUCUUCUUGCUCUGCCGCCUUCACCAGCAGGAACCACUGCAUCAAAGCUAUCCCAACCCCAUCUCCCAAGGCAUUCACACCUUUCACUUCCCAGAAACCACAUUCCAAGGCCUGUCUCUUCAAGAGGCCAAAAGGGGUGUCUCACGUUUCUUCCUAGAUGAAAGAAAGGGCACCUUCAGUUCCUGCCAUGCAAGAAGAGGAAUUGAGAUCACUGCAAGAACUGCUGGUGCUUCAAAAACUAUAGAGGUUGAGGUUGACAGGCCCCUAGGCUUGACAUUAGCUCAGAAGAAAGGAGGUGGUGUAGUUAUUACUGCCGUUGAUGGGAGUGGGAAUGCUGCACAAGCAGGGCUUAAAGCAGGGGAUCAGGUACUUUACACUAGCAGUUUCUUUGGGGAUAAGCUUUGGCCUUCGGAUAUGCUUGGAUUUACUAAAACUGCCAUACGGUCAAAGCCAGAUUCGGUCUAUUUUAUAGUUAGCAGGUUUCCCUUCUUGUCUAAAUUUAACUUCUUUGCUUUAUGUUUCACUUCCGUUUAUUGUAUUAGUUGCAUGAUUUUGACGAAUGUAUAGAGGAGAAAAGUUGUUGGUAAUUUGAUAUCAAUUCAUGGUAU